AAGUAUUUGGAAAUGCUGGAAAAAGCUAAACAAGAAGAUGUUAGAGAUUUAGAGGCUAUGAAUGUAAUUUCAUGCAGAACAUGUGAUACUGAGGGUAGACCUGUUAUUAUCUUUUCUGAAGAAAAAAUCAAGAAGGAAGAUUUGGAAAGAACAUUGCUCUAUAUGAUUUUAAAACUUGAUAAGUUUGUGGAAAGAGAUUAUGUAAUGAUUUGGUGUGUCAGUAACUCUACCUCUCAAUCUCGUCCUGGAUUUUCAUGGAUGUUAAACGUUUACAAAACCAUUACUAGAAAAUAUAAGAAGAAUUUAAAGUCGCUUUAUAUUGUUCAUCCAACUAUGAUGAUCAAGGUUAUCAUGAAAUGCUUUUCACCAUUUGUUAGUGAAAAGUUUUGGAAGAAACUUCAUCUUGCUGAUACUGUACAAGAUAUAUUCAAAGAUAUCCCAGAACAUAUACUACCACUUCCUCCAACAGUCAUUGCUUAUGAU